AGAUGAUAUACUUUACAGCCCCUACACGCAUUCAGACCGGUGUCUGCUAACCAUGUAACCAUGACACUUGCAUAUCCAAGGAACGGUAGUACAUGCUUGUAGUAUGCGCUUGUUGCGCUUGCAGUAUGCUAGACGAGACGCUUGUGACAUACCAUAAAACGUGACUGUCAUGUAAUUUCUUGCAUGCGCCAGCGGAGGACAAAUGUACACCCAGACAUUGCGAUGGGGCGUCUGCAUGCCAGGAGAAAUAGCCGUGGCGGGGCAUGCUUCACUGCGACGCCGUUCUUGAGCAUCGCACUCCUGCUGCUGCCGGGGGCAUGGCUGGGUGGCGCGUUAACCGACACGGCUGUAGUCAGCACAAGCCGCGAACUGUACUCAGCCUUGGGCACAAGCGUUGUCACCUCCAUCUACCUUACCCAGACAGUAAAGCUAGACGACACGGAAUGGGUCGCACCUCUGAACGUAACCCGUGACGUCAUUAUCGCCGCUCACCCCACUUUCCAAGCGAUCGGCAUGUACAUCACCCUCGACCUUGCAAACCUUGGCUCGCGGGUCUAUCUGCACCCCGGCACCCAGCUUACUUUCCGCUGGCUGGAGUUGCUUAACUAUGUUGUUGAGACCGGUCCCGCAAUGCUUAUGCUGGGUGCCUCCCCGGGAGCACAUGUCGUGUUUGACCAUGUCGUACAACGGAGACGAGUGGGUUUGGACGCAGUAACGAACUUAAAGGAAAUGCUUGUCUGGCCUCGACUUGCUGACGAGAAGGAGCCUACAGCCACAAACCAAACAGCCUUCUACCUGCCUGUGUUUUGCUACAAUGCAUCUUCCAAUGGCUUUGCCCAGGCAUGCACUCAAGGAGUGGCCUACAUGGCCGAUGUCGCCACACAGCUGGGGCCCGUGGUGUCCCCCUUCCUCGCCCCCGGCCAGGAUCUCGGACAGUACGACAUCCUCCUAACCGAAUCCGUACAUUCCGUUGACGUACGGGUUCCCACGGAUUGCAUGGAGCAGGAGGGGCUGAGCGCGGAGGCCUGCGUGGUGCAUGUGCUGCGGCAGUUGGAUCUCGCAACGGUCACCAUCAACACCAAACGGUCGGACAGCAACAUAGUGAAGAUCGUUGCCUCCCUGACGGUGCUGCUGGUGGCAGUGGGCCUGUUCCUCUACCUCCGCCGCCACCACCGCACCUACCAGCAGCGCAGGGCCAGGAGGAUGCGGCGUCUGAAGGAGGCUCUGGGCGCCGGCCCCAACGCGCACGGCGUCAUGUUCAGCGGGCUGGAGGGCGAGGAGCCGGACUGGCAGCUCGUGCCCAUGCCGCUGGGUUACGUGACCGAGGAGGGCGACACCCAGGAGGAGGCGGCGGCUGCAGGGGCGGUGGCGGACGACCCCAGCACCCACCCGGACGCCACCAACCGCGAGCUCCUGAUGCAGGACAUCAGCACCCACCCCGCGGCUGGUGCUGCUGCUGCUGCUGGUGGUGCUGCUGGCGGUGGGGGCGAUGAAGGCGGUGGUGUCAGGCGGCAGCGGCAGCAGCAGGCGGCAGGUGCCACCGGGAACUCUCCGAGCAGCAGGGGUGGAGGUGGUGGUGGUGGCGAGGCAGGACCCUCGGGGCAGCAGGCGCAGGCGCAGCAGCACCAGCAGCCGUAUCGCGCUCGUACGACGACCAUUACCGGAGCGAUAGCACGCUUGGGUAGCGCAUGGGGGUCUCGGGGGAGCAGCUGUGCAGGGGUGGCGGCGGGGAGGGGGACCACCGACCGUGGCAGCGCUGUCGCGGCUGCUGCGGCUGCGGCUGGUCACCAGGCGGUUCGGGUUGCGGUUGUGGAUGCUGCUCGCCGGGUGGCGGGGUCUCGGGGCGGUGACGUGGAGGCGGAGGAAGGCGUUGCGGAGGGGGAGCAGGGGACCAAAGAAGACGACGGCAUGCAGGAAGAGCGCCAGGGAGAGGAGCAGCUGGUGGAGGUGGCUGCCCCGGACGGUGCGGCUGGUGCUGCUGGAGUUGAAGGCACUGGCAGUGUUGCUGGCGGCGGUAGCGGUGGCGGUGGUAAUGUGUUGGCGGAGCUGGAGGCGCUGCGGCGGGGGCUGCUGGCGGGGGUGAACGACACGCAGCUGCACAUCCAGGCGGUGGUUGGGUCGGGGGCGUACGGCACCGUGUAUCGAGGCCAGUGGCAGGGUUUGGAGGUGGCGGUGAAGACGCUGGUGUUCAGUGCGAGCAGCGAGAACAGGAGGAGGGCGCUGCAGGAGGCCGCCCUGUGUCAGAGCAUCAACCACCGCAACAUAGUGGCCACCUACGCGGUGGAUGUGCAGCCGCUGGGGGCGCUGGGGGCGGGCGGGGUGGGGGCGGGCGGCGGGGCGGCGGGCGAGCGAGACUCCACCCUGUCCAGCCUGCUGGACUGGCGGCUGUACAUCGUGCAAGAGUACUGCGACGGAGGCCCGCUGCGGAAGCUGGUGCAGUCCCGCUGCCUGCAGACCCCCACAGGGCCCAACAUGCCCGUCAUCUGUGAGCUGGCUCUGGAGUUGGCUCACGCGCUGGCUCACCUGCACUCCAAAAACAUCAUACACGGAGAUCUGAACCCCAACAACGUGCUGCUGAAACGCGACCCCACGUCCGCGUUCGGCUUCCGAGUCAAGAUGGCCGACUUCGGUCUGAGUGUGAUGCUGCCGCUCCAGAAGACCCACCUGUCCAACCUGCGGCUGGGCACACUGUACUACAUCGCCCCGGAGACGUGCUUCAGAGGCCAGCUGGGCUACGCCGCCGACGUCUUCUCCCUGGGUGUGAUGCUUUGGGAGCUCUACCACGGCCGACUCGCCGGCACGCGCACCCCCGCCGGCGAGCCGCGCUACCAGCCCGACUUCCCCGACUUCCCGCCCGCCUGCCCCCCCGACUUCCGCCGCCUGGCGCACCGCUGCCUGCAGAAGCACCCGCACAACCGGCUGCACUCCAGCCAGGUGGUGCAGAGGCUGCAGGAAAUGCUGGCAGCGCACCGGGUGGUGGCGGCGGCGGCAGCAGCGGCGGCGGCGGGGACUGGAGGGGUGGCGGCGGGGGUGAUGUCGCCGCCACCGCUGCCGUACGGCGGCCCUGCGGACGUCAGCAUGCGUCGGCAUGGUUGGGGGGGCUGUACGGCGGGCAGUACGGCAGCAGUGCCGUCGCCGCCGCCGGCGGUGACUGUGGUUGUGGAUUCGGCUGCGCCACCGCCUCCUCAGGCAGCAGCAGCAGCAGCAGGGCUGGAAGGCGGCGAAGCGAGGGCGGCGGCGGCGGAGGAGGAGGAUGUCGGAGAGGGCGGUUCGGAACCACACCGGUGAUGCAUGUGAUGAGCGGUGAUGUUGGGGACGUAGCUGCGACGUGUGCUGCUGCUGCUCGGGGUGCCAGGUAGGGGGGCAGGCGGUCAACAUGUGCUGCGGCGGUGAGCUGUGGAGACCGGCGUGGUGGUGCGGUCCGGUAAGCAGUGGCCGGUGGCGGCGGGUCAGGACGAGAUUAGCCAGGGUUGAUUGCAGCGGAUGCAGUCCUGGGGGUCCUGGGGGGGGGUCGACGAAUUACAUUGGAAACUGGAAUGCGGGCCAAGACCUGCAUUUCAUGCUGGAUCUCUGAGGAUGGGAAGGGUUCAAUCGUACAUAAGAAAUCGCAUGGGUGCUGGGCCGUGUGAAUGCCUCGCAAGCAAUUAGUUGGGUGUCGUUGUUCGCAGGGCUCGAAUGGGCCAGUUGUUGCUGCUUCGCAAGCAGUAAGAUGGAGUGGGCGGGGGAACAAAUUGUUUAUAUGUUGCAUGUUAAGUGAUAGAAACACACGUGCAGUGCAAACAUGCAGUACCGGUUGGAAAGCAGGUUUUAUAUGGGAGAGUUGCUAGUGCUGAUUGGAUCUUAAUUCUGAGGGAGGGUGAUACAGAGAGCCCUUUGUGAGAUAUGUGCUGGUUGCUGGGGGAUGCUGUUUUGACAGCAUGCUAUUCUUCGAGUGCCAAGUAUGGAAGAGACUUCGAUGCGGGAUAGGGUUUGAGUACCGGUAUCGGGACGACUUGGGCUAUUGGGAAUUCGUCCACUCUAGCACAUCAUCUAGGGCUACACAUACCCGCAUGCACGAUCGGUGUGUACGGCUACCUGUAUGGUGGACGGGUGGAGCCAUGCAUGGAGCAUGGAGGUGAUGUGGGCCUUACUUGCGUCAUCAUGUUGUAUGAAUAAGUGCUAUGAAUGGUACCGGUAACAACGGAGCCACAUGUGAGGCCAUGUGGUGUUUCUUGCCAACCGGGGCCCUACACGACUGGCUUAGUAUUUCUUGAAGCUCUUCUCUUUUUGGGAUUUUUGGGCUGAUAACGUAUGCGGGCUUACACUGUACGGCAGACAGCUAUAACCCAGCGCGCUGACCUUGACCGCGAGUGAAGACGGGGCGCUCUGUCUACUUUUAUGCUUUCGCUUGCUCCAAUUGUAGUUGACCACGAGUGGGUUGGUUUGGGUUCUUGGUGAUGCAGUUCACCAACGACUUACAAGACGACCUUCGGACCCUGGUUUCGGUCUGUCUGGAGAGUAUCGCUCAGUUCAAUUCUCUCCCCCAAGCUCCCCUCUUCCUAUAAGCCCGAAGGCUCUAGUUCGGUUCCAGUCCAACGUGGCGUACGAAUGUUGCUUGGAGGUUGCGUAGCAAGGCUACAUUCCUCUCAAGUGUUUCGUUAAUCAAGUGGUUCAACCCUAAACAACGGGCCUACUACCUUUUCCUAAUCGAUCGCCAUCAGCCUUGACUGGGAAUUGCGGUCACAAUGGAGGAAAAAGAAGGUCUUGCAGCUGAAGCAGAUCAGGUUUUAGCGCGGUGUCGUGCUCUAAGCAGCAGAGCUCUGACUUACUGCAAUAGAAUAGUGGGCGAGAGCGAUGCGCUCGCCGUGGAGAUCAAGUCGCUGCUCCAGACCAUCGCGACGGCCGAGAAACAGGUUCGCACCCUCCCGGACCGGUCGGAGGCUGCGGCGGUUGGUGCCGUACUCAAGGAGGCGCGUGAAGUUGUGACGGGACUUGGACCCGGCGGCGACCUUCGCAAGUUCUGCAAGCCGCGCAACCCCUGGCUGAUCCGGCUGCUGCUGGGCGACAAGAUCAACCUGGUGGCGCUGAGGAGGGACGUCAGCCAGGGUAUUCGUGAGGAGUACCACCGCUUCCGCGACACCUCCGCCGCCGUCAUGCUGCUGGGGCCGCUGUCGCUGGUGGCCGGCAUGAGCUGGGCGGACCGGCAGCAGGGCGCCAGCUUCGGGACCGGCAGCCUCACGCCAUGGCUGCUGACGGGUGUGCAGGUGUAUCUGGUGUGGCUGUCGUACUUUUACCUCGCCAUGGCGCUGCGCGAGAACGUGCUGUACGUGAACGGGUCGCGCAUCCGCGCCUGGUGGAUGCAGCACCACUACUGGUCGGCAGCCGCGUCGCUGGGCAUGCUAGGACUGCCGGUCACAAGCCCGGCCGUGCACUUCUUCUUCCGCUCCUUCCUGGUGUGGAGCGUGUUCCAGGCGGCUGUCAUGUUUGUUCAGAACCGCUACCAGCGCCGCCGCAUGUACACGCGCAUCGCACUGGGUCGCAACAGCCGCAUGGACGUGGUGGCUGGGGAGAGCAGCGGCAGCAGCGGACAGCUGCUGCUGCUCUACCCGCUACUGUUCCUGCUGCAGGUGCUGCAGUUUGCGAUCGGCGCCGGUGUUGCCUGGCGCACCUACCCGGCCUUCCUCAGUCGGGAGGGCUGGCUGGAGAACGAGGCUCAGGGCUCCGACCUACGCGGCAUGCGUGGCGUAUGCAUGGUGGGCGUUACCUUCGCCUACAUGGGCUAUCGCAACUUCGUGACUACACUGCUCACGCUCAUGGAGAAGCGCAGCGGGCUGAGGCGGGGCGGUGCCGGCAGCGGGGGCAGCGGGGGUGGCGGCACUCCGGGUCGCACUCCGCGCAGCCCGAGCCGGGGCAGCAGCGGCAGCGCGGGGAGCACGCCCGUGAAGAGCCGGAGCGGGGGUGCCGGCGCGGGUGUGGGAGCAGCGGCAGGGAGCAUGGGAUCGCCAGUAGCGGCUGGGAAGGAGCAGCAGCAGCAGCCAGAUGGGCGUAGCGGCACGGCGGCGGCUGGAAAGGAGGAGGGCAAGGCGGCUUGAGGGCGCGAGGCAGAAAGGCAGAAGAAGGAAAGAGGGUUGGGGUGUUGUGGGAGGCAUGCAUGCAGGCAUGCCGUGUUGCUGCUGCUGCGGUGCUAUAUGCCUAAUAGAAGUGGACGCGUGUAUGCCUGAUGUGCUCAGCAAGCAGCGCCCAGCUGUACCUGGCGGACGGUGCUGCGCGCCCUGCAGUGCGGCGCUGUUCGCUAACCUGCCUGAAGGCUUGCAUGGGGCCCGGUGGUUGCUUGAGGUUGCCUAUAGAGCGGAGGCUGGGGUGGCGAAUGAUACCGGUAGGCUGCGGCUUGCUUCACCCUAAUGUUGCAGUACACAGCUCUAGGGCCGCCUGGGGGCUGUUCGGAUUCUUGUAAUGUUGUUUUGGCGCGCUACUUUGCAACUGGGCGGAGCGGUUGCGUGGAGAAUGGUCAUUUUGGUGAAAGGCUGAAGAUUGAACACGUGCUUCAUUACUAGCAGGAUGACUGGUUCGGAUGUGGAUGAAGGUCACGCAUAAGAGAGUGCGCAGGAAGUGGGUUACUUCCUUACGAAGGGCAGCAGUGGCAGUGAAGAGGGUUACUUCCUCACGAAGGGCUGUUGACGGUGUUGUAAACUUGUUUAUGUGCUACGCUAUCAUGUUUCACCCUGGAAGCUUUCUACCUCCCUGCUGAUGCCGUAGACAUAGUUACAAAGUCAAGGGAUGCACUUGGCCGCGGGGUGUUCGGCCAGUGGUAGUACGAGCCAUCAAGCUUUGUCCUGGGGUAUAUACAUACACAGAGCUAGACGUCGGUCUGUACAAAUCGAAGAUGUCUGUCUUCAUUCGAAAUUGCAGAUUGCCAAAUCAUGAUAGCGGUGACGACGAUGAAC